AUGACGUCCGAAGGGAGCUCAUCCGGAUCGCAGCAUCCAAAAAGACUUGUCUUUGCGCCAGGUGAUAUUUCAGGCCCCAACGAUGCCGGACAAGACAUACACAACAUCAAGUCAGCAGCCGCUCACCUGGCCGAAGACAUUGCUCGAUCCGACACAUCCACGCCGACCUCGGUAAUGCAACAAGAGCUCGUUUCGCAUCCCGCUCGCGCACACCAAUUCGUCAUAAACCCGCCCUUGACUGUUGCGCAGCUACACCCUACCAACCCUCUGCAUCAGUUUCAUCGAUGGUUCCAAGAUCCCCGCCUACCGAGGUCAUCGGCGCCGGAGACGUGCACGUUGGCUACGGCGUCUUUACCAUCUGGUCGCGUGAGUGCGCGUACGCUUUACUUCAAGGAGUUGGAUGAGCGGGGGUGGGUUAUAUACAGUAACUGGGGUAGUAAGGAAGGUAAAGGUCAGCAGAUCUUCGGAAACGGAUUUGCUUCUUCCGCAGAUGGACGUACGCCGGGCGACAUCCACGAAACCGCCUCUCUCAACGAGGGGAAUCGCUGGGCAGCCCUGACGUUCCUCUGGUCAUUAGUCGAGCGUCAAGUCAGAAUCGAAGGCUUGAUCGAGCCACUCUCCAAAGAAGAAAGUGAAUUAUACUGGCGCACUAGAGAAAGAGGAAGUCAAAUCGGUGCCUGGGCCAGUUGGCAAAGUAAAGUAAUGUGGUCCGCGAAUCCGGAUACACUCCCACUACCAGAGGAAUUGCAACGCGCGGACUUCGACGAUGGCAGAAUUGAGCUUGAGCAACGCGUCAAGGAGAUGGAAGCGAGGUUUGCGGAUGUAAAGGAUAUUCCUUUACCGCCGUUCUGGGGUGGCAUUCGAGUUGUUCCUGAGUCGGUGGAGUUUUGGCAGGGGCGCGCGAGUAGACUUCAUGAUCGAUUUCGGUAUGUUCGCGUUGGACAGACGGAUCAUGCUGCGGCAAAUUUUAAGUGGAGGAUAGAACGGUUGUCUCCUUGA